UACCACUCCACCGAAAAGUAUAGAUGAGCAUUGGUUGCAAUUUCAUGACGCCAUGAAAAUGGCGGGAACAGUCAGUUGUGGGUUUGCGAAACGUCCCGCUUUUAAGCACUGGGUUUCUUCUGGUUCCUUACAACUCAUUGAAGCCCGUCGGUCUACUCCAGGUGACCGUGAGUUUGACCACAAACGAAGGAUGUUACGUAAGGAAAUUGGGCAAAGCUUGCGUAAGGACCGAGAAGCCUGGUGGUCGAAGCGUGCUAAUGAGCUGGAAGCAGCAGCUGUAUCUGGUAACUACCGGAAGCUCUUCCAGCUCAUCCGAGCCACUGGCAGCAAGAAGUCUGGUGUGAGUGAAACAAUCUACGAGGAUGAUGGGAUGCCAAUCACUAACAUCCAUCGACGUCUUGGACGAUGGGCAGAAUUUUUCGAAGGGCAGUUCAACUGGCCUGCUGCUCCGGCAACAUCGGUCAGACUGUCCUGCCCUCCAUGGCCGGUGACGACUGAUCCACCAAAUGAGGCGGAAGUCCGCAAGGAACUCCAACUCUUGAAGCGUUACAAAUCAUCUGGCCCAGAUGACUUACCUCCGGCUCUUUUUAAAGAUGGUGGUGACUUUUUGACUAAGGAAUUGACGACGUUGUUCACAAAGGUUUGGGAACUAGAGAGUGUACCAACGUCAUGGAAUGAGUCGAUAGUUGUCCCUAUCUUUAAAAGGGUUCACGUCGUUCCUGUAACAACUAUCGGGGAUAAGUCUACUUCCGAUUGCGUCCAAGCUAUUGGCUUCCGUCAUUCUUCGUAGGUUGUUCAAAACCCGAGAAAGAUUGACUCGCGAGGAGCAGGCUGGGUUUCGUUCUGGUCGAGGAUGUAUUGAUCAUAUCUUCACCCUCCGUCAAAUGUUAGAACACCGCCAUACUUAUCAAAGGCCAACAAUCGUAGUGUUUCUUGACAUUAGGGCUGCCUUCGAUUCGUUGGACGGGACUGUUCUCUGGGAUUGUCUAUUGAAGAAGGGUGUGCCUGAGAAGUUUAUUAACAUCCUAAAAGCCCUAUAUACAAACACCUCAGGCAGAGUGAGGGCAUACAACCACCUCUCUCCAUUGUUCCAUUCGAGCAGUGGGGUUAGGCAGGGUUGCCCAAUCUCACCAUUCCUCUUCAACUUUGCCAUCGAUGACAUUCUGGAAACAGCUCUGAUGAAUGUAAGUAAUGGUGGUGUGGAUCUGUUGCCUGGAGAAAGACUUCUUGACCUUGAGUAUGCGGACGAUACUGUCUUACUGUGCGAUAAUGCUCAAGGCAUGCAAUCCGCACUUAAUCAGUUGGCAAUCAGUGUCCGUAGGUAUGGUAUGUACUUUGCACCUUCGAAGUGCAAAGUACUUCUACAAGACUGGCAGGAUUCCAAUCCUGUACUCACCCUGGAUGGUGAGCAGAUAGACGUAGUCGAGAAGUUCGUGUAUCUGGGUAGCUGCAUAAGUGCUGGUGGGGGUGUGAGUGAUGAGAUCAAUGCACGAAUAGUGAAAGCCAGAGCGGCUUAUGCCAAUCUGGGCCACCUUUGGCGCCUUCGUGAUGUUAGUCUGGCUGUAAAAGGUCGGAUCUACAACGCGUCGGUGAGAGCAGUUCUGCUCUAUGCUUGUGAAACCUGGUCUCUCCGAGUUGAGGACGUUAGACGACUCUCUGUGUUCGAUCAUCGCUGUCUCCGAAGGAUUGCUGACAUUCAGUGGCAACACCAUGUCAGUAAUGCAGAGGUUCGGCAUCGUGUGUUCGGGCACAGAGAUGAUAAUUCAAUUGGUGUCACCAUCUUGAAACACCGACUUCGGUGGCUUGGACAUGUUCUACGAAUGUCGUCCCAGAGAAUUCCACGUCGUGCAUUAUUUGCCGACUCUGGGACUGGUUGGAAGAAGCGGAGAGGUGGUCAGUGCAUGACAUGGUGUCGUGGUAUGAAAGAAAGCUGCAAAGGACUGGCUUCUGUUGGUCCUUCACGACUCCCUGGUUGGGGUCCGAGAGAUGGUGCUACACAGUGGCUUGAGACGUUAUCAGAUAUGGCUCAGAAUAGAAGCCAGUGGCGAUCCUGCUAUAACCUUCUUUUACUUUCUUCAUAAAAAGUGGUUGUGUCUCCCUUACCUGAAAGAUUUCUUCUGAUUGUACCUCGUUACUACCACAUUACCUUACACCAAUCUCUUCGUUAUUGUUCUCUUUUUCUUUUGCGCUCCUUAGUUUUCUUUUUUUAUUUCUCUUCGCAUUCUCAUUGUUUUGUGUGGCGCAUAUAUAUUGGCGCUCUCUUGUACCAAUAUUUAUGUGUUCAAAUAAAUAAUAA